CCAUCAGUGCCAAGAUGGCGGCAGUGGAGACCUGCGGCGCCGGCACCGGGACUGCGGGUUCCGUUUCGGCGACAGCCAGCAAGAGCAACGUGACCAGUUUCCAGAGGAAAGGUCCUCGAGCUGGCGGCGCCGACAGUGGCGGCUCCCGACUGGUGUCCAUCGCGGGCACGAGACCGUCGGUGCGGAAUGGACAGCUGCUGGUAUCAACCGGGCUCCCAGCCCUGGACCAGCUCUUAGGUGGAGGUUUAGCUGUUGGAACAGUUCUUCUAAUUGAAGAGGAUAGAUAUAAUACUUACUCUCCUUUGCUCUUCAAGUACUUCCUGGCAGAAGGAAUUAUCAAUGGGCAUACUUUGUUGGUAGCAUCUGCAAAAGAAGACCCUGCUCAUAUUUUACAGGAACUUCCUGCACCUUUACUUGAUAAUAGUGAAAAAGAAUUUGAUGAAGAUAUAUGUAACCAUACUAAACCUGAAUCUGAUAUGAAGAUGAAAAUAGCCUGGCGUUACCAGUUAUUACCCAGGAUGGAGGCUGGACCAGUAACCUCUGCAAGAUUUGGUCACUAUUAUGAUGCUUCAAAAAAGAUACCAGAAGAACUAAUUAAGUCUUCAAAAUGGCAUGGAUUUUUCCUUCCAGAAAAGAUAUCAACUCUUAAAGAAGAAUCCUGUUCUUUGAAUGAAGGCUACACAAAGCUGCUUCAGUUUAUCCAGAAUAUCAUUUAUGAGGAAGGAUUUGACGGAUCCAAUCCCCAGAAAAAGCAGAAAAACAUUUUAAGAAUAGGGAUCCAGAAUCUUGGUUCACCUUUAUGGGGAGAUGACAUUUGCUGCACAGAAAACUGUGACAAUAGUCACAGUCUUACAAGAUUCCUCUAUGUUCUCCGGGGUCUUCUGCGAACCUCUCUUUCAGCCUGUAUCAUCACAAUGCCAACACAUCUGAUCCAGAAUAAAGCAAUUAUUGAUCGUAUUACAAAUUUAUCAGAUACAGUAGUUGGGCUGGAAUCAUUUAUUGGUUCUGAAAAAGUAACCAACCCAUUAUAUAAGGAUUACCAUGGUUUGAUUCAUAUACGGCAGAUUCCACGGCUUAAUAACUUGAUUUGUGAUGUAUCAGAUGUCAAAGAUUUAGCUUUUAAAUUAAAAAAGAAGCUAUUCACCAUUGAGCGACUGCAUUUGCCUCCAGACUUGUCAGACACAGUGAGCCGCUCAAGCAAACAGGAGCUGGCAGGAUCCACCACACUGCUGGGCCCAGGCUGUGGCAUGAUGGCCGGAGGCAAGAAGCACCUGGACUUCUAGCGAUUCCUCCUUAGUCGUGGCAGGCAGAAUUCUGUGACACUCUAAUUAUGAUUGCUAAUAGCUUAUGUAAAUAUUUUCCUUAAUGAUUUGACCCUCCAAUCCUUGGAAAUACAUAGUUAGGAUUACAAAAUGAGGCCACCGUUCAUAUCCUGAACCAACUUUUUCUACAAAAACAGGAUAGCAGAAGUACUUUCACUUUAAAUGUUUGCUAAUUUUCUGUGUAGGAAAUGCAAAUUGUCUUAUUUUUUAAUAAAAGCUAAUAAAAUGUCCCAAGUUCAA